GAGAGAGAGAGAGAGAGCGAGAGAAAUUGAGGAGAGGACCAAGCGAAGGAGCGAGAGCAACAUGAGGCCCGCGGCGGCGCUGCCCCACUGAAGGGCCGCCGCCGCCCCCGCGGACAUGAGCCGCUGGCUGUGCCUGAAGAUGCUCCUGCUGGGGCUUCUGCUACUGGGCCCGCUGCUGCUCGCGCUUACGGAGGCUGGCCCAGUACUGACCGGGGCAGGGGUCGGGGCCGGACACCGGCGCUAUUACCGGCGCGCCGUCCGCCUCUGCUCGCGCAGUCUUAGCGAUGCGCUCUACCUGCUGUGCAAGGAUCGGGGCUACAACGAGCCCUUCAGCAGUAGCGGCGAGACGGAGGUGCGCCACACGACGGGGCCGGGCCUCGUCGAGGAGUGCUGCUACAACGCCUGCAGCAUCGAGCAGAUGGAGCAGUACUGCAAGCCAAGGGGCAAGCAGGCGCAGCCCUGAGGCUCGUCGGCGAUCGGGCGCCUCGACCGGGGAGGUGCCGAGACCUUAGUGUGUGUUUGCAUCCUGAGCCUGACCGUGGAUGCUGACUGCUAGGCUCGGUCGGAGAUGAAAAUGGAAACGGAGACGAUGACGAGGACGAGGACGAGGACGAGGACGAGAA